AUGUGUCCUAGGGUCAUUAUUUAUAAUGGGCAGCAACAAAAAGCAGUAACAAAGCUGGCGCACAGCAACGGGCAGUGUAAAAUUUUAAUUGAGAGGCAUUUUCUGGAUUUUGAUUUUAAAUGUCCUGUUGUUAAAAAGGAAAGCAGCUUUCCAGAAGAUGAGCAUUAUGACAGAAAGUUCUCCCUCAGAGCUGCCUCUGAGUGUCAGAUUGUCCACAAAGAGCAAAUGGAUACUAAUAAUGUCCCUCGUUAUGUCUCGUCUUCACCCAUUCCUAAGGCUCUUUGGCAAAGUUAUCUCCGAGCAUCACACGGUCAAAGAAUCGCUAACGUGUGGGGCAGAAGAAGAGCAGGAAGCUGUGUUACUGGGAUGGAGGAGCGGGUGGAAGCUGGGUCCCUGGGGGUGUCCCCUAGAAGGAGACACUGGGACUCUGUCCCAUCUUCUCUCUGCUCCCCAAGCUGCCGUGAGCAUGUUCCUGGGGUUGCUGGCGGACGCGGGGGUGGGUGGAGACGAUCACGAUUGAGGAGGAGCACACAGGCGCACUCACCGCCUUCCUCCUUCCCUUCCUCUUCCUCCCACCCCGCCCCCGGGGGGCGGUACCCUGGUCCCUGGGGGAGGUCUGCACCCCCGGAGAGUGGCGGCCCAGAAGGAGGGCUGGGGUUGGGGCGGCUGCGGUGGGUGGCGGACUCCGCGGGCCCCUCCCCCGAGCUCCUUUACUGCCUCCUCCUGCUCCCCGCCCCUCCUCCUCUCCAUCCUCCCCAUCCUCCUCCUGGUACCCGGCAGCCGCGGCUAGGGGAGCAGCCGGCGGCACCGGGGCCGCUCAGCCUUUGUCUCCGGCCGCGGGGAGCGCCGGGCCCAGCGCAGCAGGCCACGCGGGGACGGCGGAGGCUGCGAGGACUGGCAGUCAUGGAAAAACGGGAGAGGAGCCGGCCCAGCGUCAUCGCCGCCACUGUCACCAACCAUCACCAUCACCACCACCAUCACUGGCCGUCGCCCAUCCCACUACCCCGCCUCAUCCCCCAUCUCAUCUCCCCGCGCACACUGCCAACUUUGUCAGACCAUUUCCUUUGCAUCGGGUAAUACUUGGACAGACCGAUCGCGAGUGAGCGCAGCUGCUGUGGGAUGGUUCAUCUAACAGGCCACUGGGCUGCCUCGGUUUUCCCCGUCAGGGAAAGGGGCCUGCGAUGCCGCCUUGGCGGCAUAGCCACUAAGGUGGCUCGAUAUCUGGCUGUUUAAUCCUGGUGCUAGAAGGGACAGAGAGCUAUGUCUCACUUGUUAAGGAUGAAAGUGACAUCGUAAUAGUCAUGCCUUCAUCAAACCAGAGAUUUGAGGUUUAAGACUUUAUCUCUUAUCUUUUAAGUGUCAAAGUAUGAGUAUUAAUAGCAAAGGAAAACUUAAAGAGAUGAAACUUUGAACAAACUAUUCCAAAAAAAAAAAAAAAAAAAAAAAAGCAAAAUCAGGUAGGAAAAUCGCUUCAGCUUGCUAAGGGCAGCAUCCGUCUGGAGUGGACAGCAUCCCUUUAGUGCUUCUUGUCUGGUGAAGCUCAUCAUUUCGGACACAUAGCAUGUACCCCCGGGUGCUUUUCACCCUACCUGAAGAGUGUCUUAAUUACUGGGUUUCAAAACUGCCUUUUUGCCAGCUCAGCACAGAAUGGUGGGAACAAGCAUAUUCCUAGAAUGGGCCUGGGCAUCUGCCUGCUUUUGAAGACACAGUAAGAUCCUAAGUCCAUUCUUUGUUUUCCCUGUUGUUACUGGAAUUUUUGGGGAACUCCACUUGGGUUGCCACAUGUUAUGGGGGCAAUAGGAGUUCCUUUUUAAAUUUUGUUAAUAAAAAAAAUGAAGAAUGACCUCA